AGCAGUUACAGUUGCGGCGGUCGCGCUCCGGGAGCUGCUCUACUGAGCGAGUGUAGUGACAGAAGAUGGACCCACAUAUGGAGAUUCAGCUGCCCUCUGACUUCCAGCCAUGACCAUCACCACCAACCACCAUUUCUCAAGCACCUGCUCUGUGCUGGGCAUUGUUCUGGACAUUGUGGGUGGAUUCAAAAGAGCUAUAAGGCACAGUCCUUGUCCUCAAGCAGCUUGUAAUUUAAUUUGGGAGCUGAAACCCACUCAAAUGAAGCGGCGUAAAAACGGUAACAAGCAGUAUUUCACUAGAAUGGGUACUAGGAAAAAAGUUCAUGCAUUUGUCCGUGUCAAACCCACCGAUGACUUUGCUCAUGAAAUGAUCAGAUAUGGAGAUGACAACAAAAGCAUUGAUAUUCACUUAAAAAAAGAUGCCCGGAAAGGAGUUGUCAAUAACCAGCAGACAGACUGGUCAUUCAAACUGGAUGGAGUUCUCCAUGAUGCUUCCCAGGACCUGGUUUAUGAGACAGUUGCGAAGGAUGUGGUUUCUCAGGCUCUCGAUGGCUAUAAUGGCACCAUCAUGUGUUAUGGGCAGACGGGAGCUGGCAAGACAUACACCAUGACGGGGGCAACUGAGAAUUACAAGCACCGGGGGAUCCUCCCUCGUGCCCUGCAGCAGGUUUUUAGGAUGAUCGAAGAACGUCCCACACACGCCGUCACUGUGCGUGUUUCCUAUUUGGAAAUCUAUAAUGAGAGCCUGUUUGAUCUCCUGUCCACUCUGCCCUAUGUUGGACCCUCAGUCACACCAAUGACCAUCGUGGAAAACUCUCAAGGGGUCUUCGUUAAGGGGUUGUCGGUCCACCUCACAAGCCAGGAGGAGGAUGCAUUCAGCCUCCUCUUUGAGGGAGAGACAAACAGGAUUAUAGCCUCCCACACCUUGAACAAAAACUCUUCCAGAUCACACUGCAUUUUCACCAUCUAUGUGGAGGCCCAUUCUCGGACUUUAUCAGAUGAAAAGUACAUCACUUCCAAAAUUAACUUGGUGGAUCUAGCAGGCUCUGAGAGGCUUGGCAAGUCUGGGUCUGAGGGCCGAGUCCUGAAAGAAGCCACUUACAUCAACAAGUCGCUGUCAUUCCUGGAGCAGGCCAUCAUUGCCCUUGGGGACCAGAAGCGGGACCACAUUCCCUUCCGGCAGUGCAAGCUCACUCACGCCCUGAAGGACUCAUUAGGGGGAAACUGCAAUAUGGUCCUCGUGACAAACAUCUAUGGAGAAGCCACCCAGUUAGAAGAAACGCUGUCUUCUCUGCGAUUUGCCAGUAGGAUGAAACUGGUCACCACGGAGCCUGCCAUCAACGAAAAGUAUGAUGCUGAGCGAAUGGUCAAGAACCUGGAGAAAGAGCUAGCACUGCUCAAGCAGGAGCUGGCCAUCCAUGACAGCCUGGCCAACCGUACCCUGGUGACCUACGACCCCAUGGAUGAAGUCCAGAUUGCUGAGAUCAACUCCCAGGUCCGGAGAUAUCUGGAGGGGACCCUGGAUGAGAUCGAUAUAAUCAACCUCAGACAGAUCCAGGAGGUAUUCAACCAGUUCCGUGUGGUUCUGAGCCAACAGGAACAGGAAGUGGAGCUGGCUUUGCGUAGGAAAUACACCCUCAUAGACAAGAAUGACUUUGCAACCAUUUCUGCUGUCCAGAAGGCGGGGAUUAUGGAUGUUGAUGGCCACCUAGUGGGCGAGCCCGAUGGACAAGGGUUUGGAGUGGGGAUUGCUCCUUCCUCUUCCAAACAGGGGAAGAAGCCUAAGUCCAGGAAAACAUUCAAAGAGCAGGUCAGCUCCUUUGCAAGAAAGGAAGGUGCUGGCAGCCCUAUGAGUGGCAAGGACCUGGAAGUAGUUUCCACUUCUAAGACCCAGUUGGUCCCACCCUCCAAGGAUGCAGAUGUCAAAGAAGUGCUUCUGCGGGACCGGGAAACCUCCAGCAUUGAGCCCCUUCCUUCAGACUCUCCAAAAGAAGAAUCUCGCCCACCUAGACCCAGCACCCCACCGCCCAAGCCUGUGGCCUUUGAGGACUUCAAGAAUGAGCGAGGUAGUGAGAUCAACCGCAUUUUCAAAGAAAACAAAUCCAUUUUGAAUGAACGAAAGAAAAGGGCCAGUGAGACCAUACAGCGCAUCAAUGCCAUCAAGCGGGAGAUUGAUGUAACCAAGGAGGCACUAAACUUCCAGAAGUCACUACGGGAGAAGCAAGGUGAGUAUGAAAACAAGGGGUUGAUGAUCAUUGAUGAAGAGGAAUUCCUGCUGAUUCUGAAGCUCAAAGACCUCAAGAAACAGUACCGCAGUGAAUACCAAGACCUGCGUGACCUCAGGGCUGAGAUCCAGUACUGCCAGCGCCUGGUAGAUCAGUGUCGCCACCGUCUGCUCAUGGAAUUUGACAUCUGGUACAAUGAGUCCUUUAUUAUCUCUGAAGAAAUGCAGGUGGCACUGAAGCCAGGCAGCAGCAUCCGGCCAGGCAUGGUACCUGUCAGCAGGAUUGUGUCUCUGGGAGAAGAUGACCAAGACAAAUUCAGCCAAUUGCAGCACACAAUGCUUCCUGAGGGCCCUGAUUCUAUCUCCUUCUACAAUGCCAAAGUCAAGACAGAACAAAAGCACAAUUACUUGAAAACCAUGAUUGGCCUCCAGCAGACACAUAGAAAAUAACGUCUCAUCACCAGUUCCUUAAAGGAUGAAACCAACAACUCCAACCUGCUCUAGCAGAACUGCUAAGCCACUUGCCUGGAGCUCUAGCCACUCUGCUCCAAGGCUGGAACCCAGCCCAGAGAACACAUAAUGGUCUACCUACCAGGAGGAGCAUCCUCCAAAGGACACCCUUGCUUAUCUCCACAAAACACUUUUGAUUUUAAUUCACUAUCUUUUAUGUAGGGAUGGGAUAAAAUAACUUUUUAGUUUGGACUUU